CUACUUCCUUGUUGACAAGGAAUCCACGCGAGAAUUUGUCGCUUGUUCAUUUCAAUUUUAUUUGUCACUAUCAUAUAUCUUUGUAAAGUUCAAUAAGCUUACAUAAGAGAUAGAAAAGUACGUCGUUUGAUGAUUAUCCUUAAACCAUUUAUUUAUACUAGCGAGGCUUUGAAUGAUGGAAAAUUCAAAGGGAGAAAAGAGGGUAACAUUAGACGAUUCCGACACGCAAUCGCUGGAGCCGAUUUUAGUAAGGCUUGAUAAACAGGGUUGUGCUCCUCAUGACAUUCGUAUUGAUAAAAAUGAGUUCAGAAUAGGUCGUGGGAGAGACAAUGAUGAGAUUAUUUUGGAUACUAUGAUAUCCAGGAGGCACUGUAUCUUAAGAUGCGAAGGGAACGAGGAAUGGACUAUUAAAGAUAUAAGUUCCUCGACUACAUUUAUCAAUGAUGUACCUCUUACGUCGGGAGUAAGCCAAAGAAUCAUUCAUGGGGAUAUUAUACAAUUUAGUUCGUGUGACCGAUUCAGAUACACGUUCACUCUUGUUCCCAAAGAAGAGCAUAGAACAAAAAAACCUAGAUUAGAUGUACAAAUAUUUGAUAAUGUACUUAUAGAGCAAAAAACAUUUGCGGAGAGUCAGGAAUGUCAGAAGAGAGUCCUCAAAGAUAAGUUACAAACAAAGCAAAAAGAACAAGAUGUAUUGAAGCAACAAUUGGAGCAGCUUUUAAAGCAGCAAUGUGUUGCAAGAGAAAAUACAGAUGAUCUGAAAAAACAAAUUGUAAUACUAGAAAGUAAUAUAGAGAAAGGUAACAUUCAAGAGCAACAUUUGCACCAAAUGUAUGCUGAAUUAUUAGAAAAAUUAGAAAAUGAAAGAGUGCAAUUCGAGGAAAGAUUAGAUAGUGAAAGACAAAAAUGGCAAGAAGCAUUGAAUGUGAGCAAACAGGAGAAAGAGACAUUAGAAAUGAAAAUGAGGGAACAGAUGGAAAAGUGGAGGGAAGAGCAACAAGCUGAAUGGAAAAGUGUUAUGGAAAAUAGAGUUAAAGAAGAGAAAAAUAUACAGGCUCAGUUGUUAAAUGAAAAAACAUUUUUGGAAGAGAAGUUAAAAGAAACAGAAAAAGCUUUGAAAGAAAAAGAAGCUAAAGUUGAAAUACCACAGGCUAAUGUUGCAGGCCCUUCUGAUGCCAAUGAUAGCUGUAUAUUUUUAGAAAUUGUAAAUGAUACAGCAAUUAUUUUAGACACAAUAGACCUAACACUUCCAACUCAAAUUACUGUAGACACAGAGGAGAAAGAAACUGUAAUCGAUAAAGUUACCAAUAUAAUGGAUGAACAGUUAACUUGUAGCAUAUGCUCAGAGUUAUUUGUAAAAGCAACAACAUUAAAUUGCAUGCACACAUUCUGUCAUCAUUGUAUUCAUACAUGGAAUAAAAAGAAAAAAGAAUGCCCUGUCUGCAGAGCACCAGUGGCAUCCAUGAAUAGGUCCAUAGUUCUUGAUAAUUUUAUUGAAAGUAUGUUAGAAAAUUUACCUACUACAUUUAAAGAAAAACGGAAAGAAAUCAUAGCAGAAAGAAAAGUUGUACAACGCAAAAGAAAGAUUCGUUGAAUUAUUGCUGUAAAAGGAAGAAACAGCAAGCGUGAUUCCUAUUAAUGUUUAAAGUCUGUUAAUAUUAAAUACCACCAGCGUUAAU